AAUCAUAUGUUUUCGGGUAAAACUAACAAAAACCUGUACAAAUUUCGCUCGCAGACGAAGUAAAUAAAAAAUUAGUGCAAUAAUUAAAAAUGAAAAUAAAUCAGCUAUAAAACCGAAAACGGUCAUAUAUGAACACCCGAUUCAAUUAUGCACAUUGACCAUAUUAGCUCAACGGCAGCAAUCAUAAAAGCCGGAAUAUGGAAGUCUUAAAAAUACGAUUGCAAAUAUUGGCGUACAAUCCGAUGUUCACAAACUAUACAAACGCUGGGACAGCAGCGAAAGGUCCUACGCCUACGGUGACCUGUGUAGAUACAAAGAGCUGUAAUAGUAUCAAUAAGAUUAUAACUACUGUCAACACCGCUAAGCACAGCAUAAACCACAGAGGUGGAAGUAUCAACCGUUUCUUUGUAAAACGAAGUAGCACUAGCGGUACCGAACAUAAAUCCCGCAAAUUCAACGCCAAGCGUGAACAACUCUUUUUCCUAAUCAUAAUGCGUUUAAACCUGAAGAAUUUCCUUUACGCACUCAUAGCAUUUGUAGUAUUCACCGGUGCAGUACUAUAUUUCUUUUUUCCGGAUUUCUUAUUUCCACACAAUUUUGUGCAACAUUGGGAUCGCCGAUUGAAAAAAGGCAAUAGUUUGGGUUCAAAUACGAUUGAUGACAAUCAAUCUUUACUUUCUGCACCGCUACAGAAUAUUGAGUGCUGGAUAAAUCAGGAAUAUUCGAUACCUUGCAAACACAGUGCAGAAAAUAAUGAAGUAUACGUGCCAUUUUCGUUUUUACGCAGUUAUUUUGACAUUAAUGGUGGCAUGCUUGCGGUCACCAGCAGUAGCAUCAAUGAUAAAAGCGUUAAUGGAGAUGAUAAUAUAGUGCCACGAUUUGCGUGGGUGCAUAGCAAUGCAAAAAUUAAUGUACCCAAAGGGAAAUACGAUUCACGUGGACGCUUUGCUUAUUUUGAAAACUACAAUGUGGAGGUGCGUGAUCGCGUAAAGUGCAUAAGCGCCGCCGAAGGCGUGCCUAUAAGUACACAGUGGGAAAAAAGUGGGUAUUUUUACCCGACACAAAUUGCUCAGUUUGCUUUAGCACAUUAUAGCAAAAACUUGUCUGAACCACCGCCGAAAAUCAAGGUGUUGGAAGAUGCCGAUACUAAUAAAGCAAAUUGGUAUACGCCCAAGUCCAGUAAUAUUUCUCGCAUUUGGCAUCCGAAAUUUAAUACAUCUGUCAUCCAAUAUGAAACUGCCAUUGGAUAUGAUAGUGCUGUGCGCUUAGACAUCAACCAAACACUUGAGCUGGUGCUAAGUGUUGAUAUUUUGCUGGUCACUAACAGCAGUAGUCUUAUGGUGACAUUGCAGUCUCGUGAAACUAAGCAGAAUUACCUACUGCACUACAUUCCCGCAGAUUUGCGGCUAAGCACGCAAGAUCAAAAUAUAUACUAUGGCAUGGGUACUAGUGCUGUGAAUAGAUGGCGUCAUAUAACGCGGGACCUGUUUAUAGAUGUACAGAAAGGCGUCAUGAGUGGCAGUGACAAAAAAUCGCCAUUAAAAAUUCGACGAAAUGAAUUGCGAGUCACAUCGGUGGCGUUUCUGGGUGUUGGUUUCUUCGAUAACAUAACGUUCUCAACAUAUGAUCACUUGGCGCAUUUUUACGAUGCCGCCGAGUGGUUUAUCCACAAUCAGGAUUUAAAAACUGGUGGUUGGCCAAAUCCAGUGAGGCGCAGUUUAAACGGCUUCACUGAACUUAAAGCAGGUUGGCUCUCGGCUAUGGGACAGGGCCACGCGAUUUCCGUACUGGCGAGAGCCUACUUCCACUCCGGAGGAGACAAGCGCUACUUGAAAGCAGCGGCGUUGGGCCUAAAACCAUUCCGUGUAUAUUCAAAGGAUGGUGGCGUAUUAGCGCAAUUUAUGGACAAGUAUUUCUGGUACGAAGAAUAUCCAACAACGCCGCCAUCUUUCGUUUUGAAUGGUUUUAUUUACUCUCUUUUGGGACUAUUUGAUUUAAAUUCUACCGCGCCAUCAAACAUUGGACGCGAGGCUGGAAAGCUUUUUAAUCAAGGCAUGUAUUCAUUGAAAAAAAUGUUACUGUUGUAUGACACGGGCUCUGGUACGAGUUAUGAUUUGCGUCAUCUAAGUUUAGGCACUGCUCCGAAUUUGGCACGAGACGAUUACCAUGCGACGCACGUUAGCCAGUUACUGUUACUAUCUACAAUCGAUAGUGAUCCACUAUUAAUGGAAACAGCUGAGCGAUGGAAGGGCUAUAUGUUUGGUAAACGAGCCAAGCACAAUUGAGGGCGAGAUAGGCUCUGUUAAAUCUUCAAUAAUCUAAUCCACAUGGAACGAUACAAUAACUAAUUUAGGCACUGUAGUGUUGAAACUAACAAGAGGAAUCAACUAAUGUAGAAUAAAACGAAAUACUUAAAUAAAUGUAUAAGUAAUGUAGUAGAGAUUACAACUGCCAAACUGUGAACAGACAUUUAUUUUUCUCAAGGUUCGUAUACUUUGGGAGAAAAUUUGAAAUAAAAGCGUCACAUAAAAUGCAAUAUGCAUGUAUAUUUAUUUAAUUGGUUGAUUACGGACAAACCUCAAUAUCGCCACUGAAAUAUAAAUCUAUAAUAAAAAGCUUUCUCGCUUUAUUUUCAUAACAUUCAGCUAUCUUAUAAAAAUUUUUGAAGGCAAAUUUUCAAAUAAGAUAGUGUUAAAUGUUUCUUCUCGCUCCAAUUACCUCACCUAGUAUAAUUAUCACCAUGGGCUUAUAUUCAAUACAACCUAUCUGCAAUUCUCACAAACACUACUUUCGCAUGUUAGCACCCAUCUGGGAUUUAACUGUCGCAUU